CUCAUUUUUUGAGCCUGAUCUAACAUCUACAUACACCCUUUGGCAGUUCGAAAGAUCACACCGACCUUGUCUUUUGGUUCUAUCCACCAGUUCGCCUCGCCCGAUGUACCAUAUAUCUGCCCGUCCGCCUCACCGAUCUUCACUGUGACUCAUUGAAAUCCUCCCUCCUCCACAUUGACCAUCCUCGUGUUUUCGGUCAAUAACAGUCGAGGUCACCACGUUCAUCGUGUGCAGUUCAAAUUGGCUGCUUAUUCCUCUUCUCUCAUCAACUUCACCUCUUGUCGUCACCUCCAAUUCUAUCUAUCACUACCUCGACUUCACCAUAUCGAGAAUUCAAGCGGCAACAUCCGACUCUACCACCAUGUCCAACACAGAUAACCAAAUGACGAGGUUUCUCUUCGCCAUAUUGAAGCAGAAGAACCUCAAGGAUAUUGAUUGGAAUGCUGUGGCUCGCGACCCCGUCCUGGCUCAACCCAUCACCAACGGCCAUGCCGCUCGAAUGAGAUAUUCCCGUUUCCGCUCAGCCAUGCUAGGUCUCGAGCCUCAGAGACGAAAUCGGAAUGCGAACAACAAGAACAAGGUCACCAAGCCGAAGAAGGAGUAUAAUAAGAUUGCGAAAAAGGAGGAGGAUGAAUACAUCAAAUCUGAAUCUGGCAUCAAUAAUCGGCCCAUCUUCUCAGAUGCCAAUGCUCGAUCAUCUGUCAAGGUGAAACAUGAGGCCAGUCAGCUUUCUUACCAUCAGUCUCAAUUCACCCCGACGUCCAUGGGAUCCCCGGCCGGUCCGGACUGCCACCCAACCCCUCAUAUGAGGCUCCUCACACCUUCAAGCGACGAUAUGUUGCCAGCCCCUCACACUCUCCAGUUCAGUCCCCAAACGGGAAUUCUAGGGACCUUUGAUAUGUUGGCCACCGGUCACUGCGGCCACGAGCAUGACCACGAGCACGAUCCAAUCCAUGACCACGCUUCCUGGGCAAACAGCCCUGCAUACUCAGCAUUCGAUGCCGCCUUCAACAUUGAAGGGUACGGCUUGGGUGGCAUGUGCGAUCACCAUUCCGGGGGCACGCCAUCGGAAGCUUCCGGUAUGCAUGUGCCUUCAGCCAUGGGCCUAGGGAUCCCAGAACACGUGGAUAUCAAGGCGGGGCAGUGGAAUUCCCAAUACCACCGUUGAGGUUGGCGUUUUCACCAAGGUGGAAACGGUCCAUCAUUGUACGAGGCAUAUUAUGAUUCUUCUUACGCUGCGGCUGCUUUUAUGUUGCAAAUUGCACUGGCAUAGAUUGGCUGUCUUGUACUCCUUUGAGAGCUCUCCCCACGCACACGUUAUCAGGUCCAAUAUAUCGGGGAAAUAAUGCAGGAAUAGGAGGAGUUUGGGAGUUAUGCUUGGACAAAGAAGGCAAUCCAUCUUAGCAUUUUAUCGAAUAAUGAAUAUCAUUACCGUG